AUGGCUACGGGUAGAAAUAGCACAACAGUCACCAGAUUUAUCCUUCUGGGCUUUACCGAGCGUCCAGAGCUUCAGGUCUUCCUCUUUGUGUUGUUCCUGGGAAUCUAUCUCAUGACUCUAGCCUGGAAUCUGUCCCUCAUCAUCCUUAUCAGGAUUGAUUCCCAUCUCCAUUCCCCCAUGUACUUCUUCCUCAGUAAUUUAUCCUUUGUGGAUAUUGCUUACACUUCCUCUGUUGCCCCUAAGAUGCUUUAUGAUUUCUUCAAGGAGCAAAAGACCAUCUCCUCGGUGGGCUGUGCUGCUCAGCUGUUUGUCUUCAUUGAGAUGGGGGGCACGGAGUGUUGUCUCCUGGCAGCCAUGGCAUAUGACCGAUACAUUGCCAUUUCCAACCCAUUGCUCUAUGCAGCUGUCAUGUCCCCCUCUAUUUGUGUGAAGAUGGCUAUGGCAGCAUAUGCCGGGGGAGUCUUCACUGGCUUGGUCCAAACCAUCUCUGUAUUUCAGCUCCACUUCUGUGGACCAGAUGUAAUCAACCACUUCUUCUGUGAUAUUCCUCCCCUGCUGACUCUCUCCUGUUCCAGUACUCUUCUCAGCCAAGUGGUGAACUUCACUGUUGUAUGUGUGGUUGGGGGGCUAUCCGCCACUAUUGUCUUGGUCUCCUAUGUGUAUAUCAUUGCAACAGUUCUGAAAAUCCAUUCGAGGAGAGGACGAGCAAAGGCUUUCAACACCUGUGCCUCCCAUCUGGUAGCUGUGCUUCUCUUCUAUGGCUCUGGUCUCUUUGCAUACCUCCAUCCUAAUGCCAGGUACUCACAAAAUCAAGAUAAAGUGGUGUUUGUGUUCUACGGAGCUGUGAUUCCCAUGUUAAACCCCGUUAUAUAUAGUUUGAGGAACAAGGAGAUCAAAGAUGCACUGGAGAAGCUCAAGGAGAGGAAAAGACAGAUGCCCUUGUGUGCCUUCUUCCCUUAAAUCAAUGAUCUCAAAUUAUUCCAGGAACGCAUCUCUUCAUCAAUUUUCUCUUAAAGUUUCUCUGGGAUUCUGAAUUAUGGAACAGCACAAUCUUAGUAAUAUCAAUAUCACGGAUCUAGCAAGAAAUCAGUAGAAAUAAAAAAUGAUAUAUGGGAGUGGUCUUCAGAUUAUUGUCAUUGAUGAGAGGCACAUAAUAAAUAUCAUAAAAGAUGUAAUCAAGAUCUUAUAUGAUUGGAAAGGGAGGUGGGCUAAUCAUCAAGUGAGAGGGAAGGCUUACAACUGGCCUUUAAUUUUGUGUCCAUGGAAUACAAAAUGAAUGAAUUAAAAGGC